AUGCUCACCGAGGAGAACUUGCUUUCAGGCUUGACAUUACACGGCCCAAAGUGUUUGCGAUUGCCGAAUGCUGUACUUGAGAGAAUCUUUGCCAUGCUGCCAACGCAACGCGAUCUCCGCGAGACGUGUGUUGUCCAUCGGUCGUGGACCAUGGCUGCCCUGAAUGUGCUUUGGCGCGAGCCCCAAUUUGCAGGACCUGUUGCGUUUCGAAGUUUCUUGGAAGCUAUCCACAAGAACAAGCAAACAGCGUUGCGUGUGAGGACCUUGAAUCUUUGUGUAUCGUCUGCCGAACAGCAGCAGCAUCAUCAUAUCGCAAUGAGUGGAUUUCGUGCUUCUAUGAGAGUCAUACAACAAUCACACGUCAACCAUGCUCAAUGUCCACUUGCCAGUCCUCAAAUCAUCUUUGCAGUAUUACAACAAUGCGAAAUGGUGGAUACUUUGAGCUUGUAUGGGUGGCAUUUACAAUCGACACAUUUACGGCUGAUUGCAUCUCAUCUGCCGCGUUUGAAAAGUUUCCGCAUCAUUGGUUCGCUACAAGGCAACAGUCAACAAUCAUCAUCAUCAUCAUCACCAACCAUGGUACCACUUUUACCUCCAUCUGUUACACAUAUCGAGUUGUAUGGCAAUUACUUUCUUCAUCCAUCGCGCUAUCCAGCUCUCAAGGUAUUGCGCAUAUCAAUCUCCAAUACGAGUCAAUCCAGCAGCAUUGAAAAGUUCUUACAAGGGGGAUUGACCACUUUACAAGAAUUGACGUUAUCGGGCGCCACUGAUGUACGAGAUGAGCAUUUAUGUCAACUCUUUGAUGCAUUCCCAAACUUGCACAGCUUCUCGCUUGAAGAUCCUCUCUAUAUCACAGGUCAGGGGAUUAUUAUGGCUAUCAAGGAUGCACAAUUUCUCACGGACUUGAUGAUACGACAACAUCCUGAUGCUGUAAAGAAGCAACCUAUUUAUCAACAAUACGAUCACAUGGCGCCAACCCAGCACAUGACGUUUCGUUUACGCUCCAUCACACUCACACAACUUUACAUUGACGAUCACCAGCUAUGCCAAAUCCUUGAACCAUCCUUGUCGCAUAUUCAACACAUUUACUUGUCCAAUUGCCCAUGUAUCACAAACCAGAUUUCAACAAGCCUAUUACAGCACGCGUCUCGCCUUGAAUCAUUGACCAUCAUUCACUGCAAAAGCGUGGGAGCCAAAACACUCAAUGUCUUGCAAGAUUCUGCUGCAGCUCACAGCUUGCGUUUAUUAUCUUUUAUCGGCAAUACGUAUAAUGUUCAACCUACCGACAUCCUCAACUUUGUACGAUCUGCUGCUGCUCAUCAUCUCCAAAAACUUGUCUUACGUGGAUACGAUGAGAUGGUCAAGACACCCUUUAUCGCUCGACACGCACGCAUUUAUCGCCAUUCACGCUCUACAAUGGAUACAAUGGAUUUCGAUCGGGAGGGUAUACUGGAACUUGCAAAAGAGGGAUACACCCCAGAGGAUCGUGUGGUGACAGGAAAGGAAUUUGUGGAAUUGGCAAAUGCUUUGAAUAUGGAGGUAACCCAAUUGGAAGCAAUCAUGGAUGGUAUCAAGGAAAAGUCAAGACAACAACAUGAGCAACAAGAAGAAGAGCCAUCACACGACCAAUACCCUUUGACAACAACCACCACCAAAGCAGAAGAUAACAACAGUGAUCUUCAUUCAGCGACCACCAAUCAUGUGCCAGCGACACGGCAUGCCAUUCUUGAUAUUGAGUCGUCAGAGGAUACGGAUCCAACCUCGUAUACUUCACCAGAGCCGGCAUCCACCUGUGAAGAGGAUGAUGAUCACGAGUCAAUCACAAAGCACCUUGACAACUCCAUUGUGCAACAACAGCCACAACAACAGCAUGAAGAGAAGACAUCACCAUCUGACGACAGCAUCCAUCAAGAUGAUGAAUCAGCAUUUGUAUCUUCGGCAUCUGGUGGGGAUCUUGGAGGCUGGGGAUCCACUCUUGACAUUUCAUGGCAAUCAUCACGUUCAUCGUUUGGUUCUCGGUCAACCAGUGAUACCAGUUCCCAUGGAUCAUCCUCUGUCAAUGGACAUCCUUCUGCUGCUGCCAAUUACGAACAUGCAUGGCGUCAAGUUGCAAAAGAGGCACCUAUCAUUACUGGUAAACGUGUAUCUAUGGCGAAUGAGAUCAUGCCGGAUGGAUGGGGAACACCCAAACAAGUGGUACAAUGGGAGGAUGCACGACUUGCCUAUGCGCAUGAUGUUGUGGAGAAGCAAAAGAGCACGACGUUUUGGAUUAAGCGUGAUGAUGGAGAAUGGACCAAGGCAGCUGAUGAACCAGCUACUACUACUGCUACUACUACUGCUACUACUACUACUCCUAGUAAUACCCCUCGACCACACCGAACAAGAACAGAGCCCAGCAAACACGCCCAUUCCCGAUCCAACAAACGUGCGUCCAACACGGAGACACAACGACGAAACCCAUCCGAAAUUGAUGUUGCAGGAUCAGAAGUUUCAGCACGAUGGGUCGACUUUGCUGCAGGACGGCCUGGCUCACAACAAAUCCCUGAUUUGAUCAAUCUCGGCUCAAAGGAUGACGCUCUUUUUUCAUUUUCGCCAACAACACCCAUUCCAACAACAAGUAAAUCACUGCAACCAGUAUCAUCAUCAUCAUCAUCAUCUUCACCAAAAUUGAGUCAGCUUCAUCAUGCCAAAGAUGACCUUGACGAACUUCUUCAUUGA